UUUUUGCUUCUUCAUUCUGGGGUAUUGUGUGUAGAUUGGAUUAAAAAAAUGAAUUUAAUCCAUUUUAAAAUAAGGCUGUAACGUAACAAAAUGUGGAAAAAGUGAAACGGUCUGAAUACUUUCUGAAUGCGCUGUAUUUGCUUAAUUGCUCUGCCAUUUAUUUGAUCCUUGUUAUAAAUUCUCCCACACAGGAUUGUAAGGGACCCUAUGUCUUUCUUCAUUAAUCUUUUACUUUUUUGACAUCGUGGUGGAAGCUUUUACUGUCUGACUUUAUGAUCCUCACAAAUUACUCUUGUACCCUAUUUUUACUCUCUCAAUUAAUCUCUUCAUUUAAAUAAAAAUCUAAUUACUCGCAGUCUUCAGGUCUGCAAAUUUUUCUGGCAACUUUAUAUGAAGCCUCUCUGGACCUAAUACUGUCCUUUAACUUUCGUUGGUACACAAAAAUGCUGGAGUAACUCAGCGGGUGCAGCAGCAUCUAUGGAGCGAAGGAAAUAGGCAACGUUUCGGGCCGAAACCCUUCUUCAGACCUCUUUGACUAUGACUCUAAUGCAUCCACAGUUACAAAGAACAUCCAGUUGCAAUGCAUUAGUUGUGAGUCACCAAGAGGCUGCUGAAAAUCCGACUGUGAAUAUUGGGAAACCAAGAGUUGAUGAAGUGAAACCUUCGGCCAAUUAUGCUCAACAAAUGCAGUAUCAAUCAUUGUACUAUAUUAUGCCAAUUUAUUGAUAAAUUAUCAAUUAUUUAUAUUUAUUGGUUAUCUGUUGUAUUUGAGAUGUGCCCAAAAUGGUUUGUGGAACUAAUAAGCACCUCUCCUUAAACAGUUUUCUUGAGCCACCUAGACUACAAGUCAACUUUCUACAGAAAAUGAAACUGCAAAUGAUACUUUAGCCGAUGCCAGCACUGAAUAUAAAUUACCAGCAGCGACAUGCACCAACUCUUCAGCACUUUGCCAUCAUUGAGGAUAAGGCGUUUCCACUGAUUGAAGGUGAAUUAGAGAAGCCAGUGAAAGGGCUGAAGCUGAGGGGCCACGAAGACAGCAGAACACGGAAGACAAAAUGUCACCAAAUGCAGACUGCAGCUGAUGAGAGCGAUUUUCUCCUUCAGAUUAUCGUUUGUCCAGAUUCCACCGGCUCGCACAAUUUGUCUGGUGAAAUAAACACAGUCUUUCAACUGGCAGAGGAUGUAUUCAGUGUUGCUGUUAUUUUAAGAUGUUGUGGUAGUACCUUCCAUUGAAAAUCUGGAGUUCCCACCCACACUUCAAGGAAGCAGCUGUUACACAUUGUGAAGGGACUGAAAACACAAGGAGAAAGGUUACACUAAUAACUUGAACUCAAGAAAACUAACAUCCAGUAAAUUAUGAAUGUUGAACAAGAUGACAUUUCAUCCACAGCAGAUGAUGAUAGGUCCAAGGUUUAACAGGUCCAUACUCGACCCCUUAUUUGUGCUGCUGUUGGCUCUGCAACUUCUGGUGGUGGCUGGUUUGGUCAGAGCCCAGACCUGCCCUUCUGUGUGCUCCUGUAGUAAUCAGUUCAGUAAAGUGAUCUGUACCCGGCGGAACCUGAGGGAAGUGCCGGAUAGCAUCUCCAUCAACACGCGCUACCUGAACCUUCAAGAAAACAAGAUCCAAGUGAUCAAAGCUGACAGCUUCAAACACUUACGGCACCUGGAGAUUCUACAGUUAAGUAAGAACCACAUACGGCAGAUAGAGGUUGGGGCCUUUAAUGGCCUGACGAAUCUCAACACCCUGGAGCUAUUUGACAACCGCCUCUCCACCAUUCCCAGUGGAGCUUUUGAGUACCUAUCCAAACUGAAGGAGCUGUGGCUGAGGAAUAAUCCAAUUGAAAGCAUACCAUCGUACGCUUUCAAUCGAAUUCCAUCUCUAAGGAGAUUAGACUUAGGCGAGCUUAAAAGACUUGAAUAUAUCUCGGACAGAGCCUUUGAAGGUCUGUCAAAUUUAAGAUAUCUGAACCUUGGUAUGUGUAAUCUUCGGGAAAUCCCAAACCUCAUGCCUCUGAUAAAACUGGAGGAACUGGAACUAUCAGGGAAUCGGCUUUCAUUAAUGCGACCGGGCUCCUUUCAGGGUUUAACCAACCUGCAAAAACUGUGGAUGAUGCAUGCUCAGAUCCAAGUGAUUGAGAGGAACGCCUUUGACGACCUUCAGUCACUCAUAGAGCUUAACCUGGCACAUAAUAACCUGACUCUGCUGCCCCAUGACCUGUUCACACCCCUUCACCAUCUCGAGCGGGUGCACCUGCAUCACAACCCCUGGAACUGCAAUUGCGAUAUCUUGUGGCUGAGCUGGUGGCUGAAGGAGAUUGUACCCUCCAACACGACGUGUUGCGCUCGUUGUCACACACCCCCAAGUUUAAAAGGGAAUUACAUCGGAGAACUUGACCAGAACAAAUUCAACUGCUACGCCCCGGUAAUUGUCGAGGCUCCCACCGAUCUCAAUCUGACCGAGGGAAUGGCAGCGGAGUUGAAAUGUCGGGCGUCGACCUCCAUGACCUCGGUGAGUUGGAUUACUCCCAACGGCACAAUUAUGACUCAUGGAGCAUACAAGGUUCGUAUUUCCGUGCUGAACGAUGGCACAUUAAAUUUCACAAAUGUGACCGCCGAGGACACGGGAUUGUAUACUUGUUUGGUGAGCAAUUCUGCAGGGAACACAACGGCUUCAGCCACGCUGAACGUGACUGCCACGGAGAACAGCACUUUCACUUAUUUUACAACCGUUACAGUGGAGACGAUGGAGCCAUCUGUGCAGGUACACACAACGGAUGAUAAAUUUAGGCCUACGCCUUUCAGCGAGUGGGAUACAACAUUUGUAACGACCUCCUUGACUCCUCGGAGCACAAAAUCGACAGAAAAGACAAUCACAGUCGCCAUUACGGAGGCAGGAGAAAAUGUCAUGCCUGGCCUGGAUGAGGUGAUGAAAACCACAAAGAUUAUUAUUGGUUGCUUUGUGGCCAUCACACUUAUGGCAGCGGUGAUGUUAAUCAUUUUUUACAAAAUGCGCAAACAGCAUCAGCACCAGAACCACCAUGCUCCCACCAGGAGCAUCGAAAUCAUCAAUGCAGAAGAUGACAUCGCAGGCAGUACUGCUGUGGAGAGUCACCUAACCAUGCCCACUAUAGAGCAUGAGUAUAUGAACCAUUUUAACUCUUAUAAAGCUCCAUUCAGUCACACCACCACGGUAAACGCGAUUAACUCACUACACAGCUCCGUGCAUGAACCAUUAUUGAUGCCAAUGAACUCUAAGGACAAUGUGCAAGAGACACAAAUAUGAGUGGGGGGGAUAAAAUACACAAAAUUUACAAAAUGACAAACAGGACAAGGCUGAUUCUACUGUUUAAAAGAAGUGUCUUUAAAGAGGUUUAUUUAUUAAAAAUAAUUCUAUUGUGAUCUAAAAACAGAGACAAUUAUGUGUAUUCUAAACACUGAUUUGACAUGAUGCUGCGCCCAAUAAUUUAGUCAUCACCAUGUUUUUCAUAGGAGAUUUUGAUUCUCCAAGGGACUAUUCAGAUAUUUUGUAAGGAUUAUGUUUCACAUGGGGUUUUUAUGGUGAAUUCUAGUGGUGAGAUUCAGUCUGUUUUGUCUCUUUCUGUUAUUUCAUGACUCUUACAACCGGUAAUGACAGAGAAUGCAGUAUUAGAGGUAGAUUUAUAUUAAAUCUUUUAUUUUCCAUGUAUCAUCUUGUUCUAUAUUUACAAACAGAAUCAUUCUGUGAAGAUUGCUUGUAAAAAAAAACAAAAAAAAAACACAUACCCAUGAUCUUUUAAACAAUUCUAGAUCCAGAAUUUGUAGUUAAGUACUAAAUAAGAUUAUAAAUAAACUAUUGUUGGUUUUCAGUACCUUCAGAUAUCAAAAUUAAUGGUUCUGAAGUUGGAAUUUGACACUGUAUUUGCAGUAUUCUGUAACGUAUUAACCCAAGGACUCAGUACUUCAAAUUUGGUUAGCUUAAAUCUAAUUUAAUUUGUACAAUAACUGCAUUAUCUUUUUCUCAUUCUGUCAUGUUAACAUAGCACAAGGUUAUGGAGGUAUGGCAAGUGACCAUUUUAAAAACAACAUGUUUUGGACAAAAAGACUGCAAUGACAAAUGUGAUUUCCUGUCAAUACUUACUCCAUGUUCAAUGCAUGGGUACUCAACACAUAAUUGUUGUCUGGUAUUUUGAGACGAGCAUUCAGCACAUGCAGCGGGUGAGACACUUGAAGAUUAUGAAGCUUACUUCACAGUAAAGGUUAUGCCACUGGAGACCUGUCAGUUGGAUAAACUGUGCAUUUUCUCAUAUCCAGAGGUGAAGAUUGUACAAAUAAUCUAUUUAUCAAGGGAUUAGAAAUAUAUAAGUUUGCAGGUAAUGUUAAAAACAGCACACUAUUUAUCACAUAAUAUUUGGAUUGGUGUCCCGAUUUCUCUAUCCUGAUGGAUUGAUAAAGGUUUGUAUCUAUAUAUCCCAGUGCACUGCAAAAUGUUCUUCCAAAUAAUACCUCUGAUCUAUUUGAUUUGGAAAUAUUAUGGGUUUCCACACUGUUAUUGGAUCAAAUUCCUAUUUAUCAGCAUCGUGUGAUGUUAUGAGGACACAAGAGAUUGCAGAUGCUAAAAUGUUGAGCAACAAAGAAAAUGCUGGAGGAACAGGCAGCAUCUGUGAAGGGAGAUCAACAGACGAUGUUGCUGUUCGGAACCCUUGUUCAGAUUAAUGGUACAGAGGAUGAAUAUCUGGGAGAAAGAUGUGAGGGGAAGGGGUGUUGCAAAAAACUGGCAAGUGAAAAUUGUAGGACCAGGUGAGAAAGGAUUGCUUGGCAGAUGAAUGAGGUAGGGGAGAAAAGUGUGGAGAUAGUCAAAGAGCACUGAAACAGGCCCUUCGGCCCAAUUUGUCAGUGGGAUUUAUAAGAAGGGAAGGUCUGGAGUGUAAUGUAGAACGAGUG